AAGAUUAUCCGAAACCUAAACCGACGAGGAAGAAGCUACUAGAAGCAACCCCUUCUCCAUCGCCAUUCCACCUUAAACCUCUCCUCUCCACUACACUGUCUUCACAUCUUCCCUCCUUACGCCCCUCAAUUUUCUUCUGCUGCGUUUCAACCCAGUAGAACUCAAUUGCAAGCUACACCUACACCAGGGACUGCUUGAUCGGCAAGGAUUUGCAAUGGACGCAUCAAAGGUGAAUCAACUGAAGCAAUUCAUCGACCUCUGCCAAUCGAAUCCUUCGAUUCUCUCCGAUCCCUCGCUAUCGUUCUUCCGGGAUUACAUUGAGAGCCUUGGAGGAAAGAUUCCAUCACCUGGUGGGGAUUAUAAAGCGAAAUCUCAUGUAGCAUCUGACGAUGAAAUGGAUGAUGUUGAAGGGGGCACUAAUCCACCUCACGAAGAAGAAGAAGAAGAAGAAGAAGAACCUGAAAUAGUCGAGUCCGACAUUGAACUUGAUGAGAGUGAUGUUGUGGAGCCUGAUAAUGAACCUCCCCAAAAGAUGGGGAACCCGUCGCUCGAGGUAAGUGAAGCAGAUCGGGAUGCUUCUCAGGAGGCGAAAAUGCAGGCUAUGGAGGCAAUUUCUGAUGGUAAGCUUGACGAGGCAAUUGAGCAUCUCACUAAGGCUAUUAUGCUCAACCCAACAUCUGCAAUUAUGUAUGGAACCCGAGCUAGUGUGUAUAUCAAAAUGAAAAAACCGAAUGCUGCCAUUCGUGAUGCCACUGCAGCUUUGGAGAUUAACCCUGAUUCUGCCAAAGGGUAUAAAUCACGAGGCAUAGCACGAGCAAUGCUUGGGCAAUGGGAAGAGGCAGCUAAGGAUCUUCAUGUGGCUUCAAAGCUAGACUUUGAUGAGGAAAUUAAUGCUGUCCUUAAGAAGGUUGAGCCGAAUGCCCAUAAAAUUGAGGAGCAUCGCAGGAAAUAUGACAGGCUGCGGAAAGAGAGAGCAGAUAAGAAGUCUGAACGUGAGAGACAGCGUCGUCGAGCUGCAGCUCAGGCUGCAUAUGAGAAAGCUAAGAAAGAAGAGCAGUCAUCGUCGAGUGCAAGACCAGGAGGCAUGCCUGGUGGAUUCCCUGGUGGGAUGCCUGGAGGAUUUCCAGGUAUGCCUGGAGGCUUUCCUGGAGGUAUGCCUGGUGGUAUGCCUGGAGGAAUGCCCGGAGGCUUUCCUGGAGGUAUGCCUGGUGGUAUGCCUGGAGGAAUGCCUGGUGGCAUGCCCGGAGGCUUUCCUGGGGCCAUGCCUGGUGGUAUGCCGGGAAAUGUUGACUAUAGCAAAAUCUUGAAUGAUCCCGAAUUAAUGGCAGCAUUUAAAGAUCCUGAAGUGAUGGCUGCACUCCAAGAUGUAAUGAAAAAUCCUGCUAACCUAGCCAAGCAUCAAGCAAACCCAAAGGUCGCUCCAAUUAUUGGGAAAAUGAUGAACAAAUUUUCUGGUCCGCAGUGAAAAAAGAGAAAAAUUCCGGCUGGUUUGUCUCAUUUUCCUCUUUGUAUUUAUGUCUGGUGUCUUUGUGAUUUGGUGCGCUGCGUGUGUGCAGAGAACCUCAGUUGCCUCUGUGUGCUUGUUUUGUGCAGCUGUGAUCUGGGACGGGUAUUUUGCCGAUUGUCUUGACUUCUUAAACUAAUUUGCUGAUCUACAUUAAAUUUUAAUAAAAUGAUGCGAUGCUUAACUUA